AUGGACAACCGGCCUGCCUCCGAGUACGCACAGUCAGAGACUGCUGCUGCUCCUGCUGCUCACUACAACCACACCCCACAACCCGAGGUUCGCCCUACUCAGUACACCCCCCAACCUGAGGUGCGACCCGCCAAUAUUUCGUCCUCCAACACACCUCAGCCCGAGUACGGACUGAAUCCCCCCGCCGUCUCGAUCACCUGCCUAUCAUCAGGACUAUCUUCCGCGCCCUCAGGAUCCCCAACUCCCGGCCAACAGCCCGACUUAUCCUCCUCCUUACUCUCCCUAUCAGCCUCAGGGUCACGAUAUGCAGUACCAGGGUCACCCCCCCCUCCCCACCAGAUUUACGCGCGCCCGGAUUGGCCACAUGGCUACAGCCAGCAUCAACAUGGCUUGCCAGGUCCUUAUGCCUCUCCUACUACUACGGUUGGUUCCGCCUCCCCUACUACAACCGCAGGGUCACGCCCUGCUGGCCAGGUCUACUCUUUCGUCCCUAUUCCUGGUGCUCAACAGCACAAGCGUCCUCGCCGUCGAUAUGAAGAAAUCGAGCGCAUGUACAAGUGUGGCUGGAAUGGAUGUGAAAAGGCAUAUGGUACUCUGAACCACUUGAACGCGCACGUUACGAUGCAAUCGCAUGGCGCGAAACGUACCCCCGAAGAAUUCAAGGAAAUUCGCAAGGAAUGGAAGGCUCGCAAGAAGGAAGAGGAUACACAGCGCAAGGCUGCUGAGGAGCGGGAGCGUGCUGCCGCCCAGGCUGCGCAAGCUAGCCAGGUUGACGGCCCUCCCUCCGAUCCCCAGGCUGGUCAACCUUCUGCCUACGGCGGUGGUCGCCCUCAGCUUCCCCCCAUUGGCUACCAACCAGCGGAUAGUCAGGUCCCCGGCCAGUACGGUGGUCCUGGCGGUGGCAUUGUCUACCAAAGCAAUGGACAGAUGGGAUACCCUCCCAAUUACCCACAUUCGCCUUACCAGAGCGGACCCGUUUACCAACAACGUGAGUGA